GCAGGCGCAGAUCGUCUGGAGUGAUUCCGCCCGUUGGUGGUUAUCAUGGUCUGUUGUGGAGCCGUGGCGUAGCCUUCCCUCCCCCUGGCGGCCGUUGAGAAGACAGGCUGAGGUUGGUUGUCUAAAAAGAUGAAGAUCAGCUGGUCUGCAUAUGAUACAUUUGAGGCUAAUUUCAAACCUUUGGUGGUGGUUGAGCUUGCACAAAAUACCAAAGAUGAAACCAAAGAAUGGCUGAUGCAAAAGAUUGUAGGGAAGAAGAAGAAUGGAGGAGCCCAACUUUUAGUUAAACCAUUGGUGGAGGAAGGAAAAGAGAUUGAAGGAAGCAAGAACAUAUAUCUUGUUGGAGCAUCUAAUUUAAGGCUGCUUCUAGGAGCUGAAACUGUAGGGUUGGUUAAAGAAUGUAAUGAUAAUACAAUGAGAGCGUUUACAUAUACAUCUAGAAAAAAUUUUAAAGAUUUUGCAGAGGAUAAUCAUGAUUUUCUUACAAUGGCAGAAUGCCAAUACAUUAUCAAACAUGAACUUGAAAAUUUAAGGGCUAAAAAUGAAAAGAUGAUCCCUGGCUAUCCUCAGGCAAAGCUUUAUCCAGGAAAGUCAAUUAUGCGAAGGCUAACAACUAAUGGCAUUCUACUUCAGGUUUUUCCACUUCAUGACCCAGACCAUUUAAAAAAACUUGGGCAGAUAUGGUAUGAACAACUGAAAAUUAGAUACCAACCUUUAGAUGAAAUUCGCUCUUAUUUUGGUGAAACACUUGCUUUCUAUUUUGCCUUUUUGGAAUAUAUCACAUUUGCUUUAAUUCCAAUGGCAGUCAUUGGGAUCCCUUAUUAUGUUUUUGACUGGGAAGAUUAUGACAAGUAUGUGCUAUUUGCAGCAUUCAAUCUGCUGUGGUCUACUGUUAUCCUUGAACUCUGGAAACGAUCUUGUGCUGUUAUGGCUUACAGAUGGGGAACACUGAUGAUGAAGCGACAAUUUGAGGAACCAAGACCAGGAUUUCAUGGGGUUUUAGGUAUCAAUCCUGUCACUGGCAGAGAGGAACCCAUAUAUUCCAGUUUCAAAAGACAAUUACGGAUUUAUUUUGUUUCAGUUCCAUUUGUGUGCCUUUGCCUCUGCUUUUCACUUCAAAUAAUGAUGAUUUAUUUUGACUUGGAAUUCCAAGCACGUUUAUAUUAUGAAGAAAACCAAAAUGAAUUAAGCGCCUUGAUAUUAUAUAUGCCCAGCAUAAUUUAUGCUGUUGUGAUUGAAAUUCUAAAUCGAAUUUAUAGAUACGCUGCAGAAUUCUUGACCUCAUGGGAAAACCAUAGAUUGGAGUCUUCAUAUCAGAAUCACUUAGUUUUGAAAGUCUUGGUGUUCAACUUCUUAAACUGCUUUGCCUCUUUAUUCUACAUUGCAUUUAUCUUAGUUGACAUGAAACUUCUAAGACAGAGCUUGGCAACUUUACUAAUAACUUCACAAGUCCUUAAUCAGUUUGUGGAAGCUGCACUGCCUUAUUGGCUCCAAAAAAGAAGGAAUAAAACAGUAAAGAAAAAGGUGAAAGCACUGGAAAUAGAUACUGACAUGUCUUUAUUUGAACAAGUUAAUCUGGAAAAAGGAAUGGAUACUUACUUGGGUACUUUUGAUGAUUAUUUGGAGUUGUUCUUACAGUUUGGUUAUGUGAGCCUUUUUUCAUGCGUCUACCCUUUGGCUGCUAUUUUUGCUGUGCUAAACAACAUCACUGAGAUGUAUUCCGAUGCCUUAAAAAUGUGCAGUGUUUUUAAACGCCCAUUUUCAGAGCCUGCUGCAAAUAUAGGUGUAUGGCAGAUGGCUUUUCAAACUAUGACUGUAAUCUCAGUUAUUACAAACUCUAUCCUAAUUGGCAUGUCACCGCAAGUAAAUGCACUCUUCCCAGAUUCAAAAUCUGAACUUAUCAUAAUUGUAGUGUUGGCAGAGCAUUUAGCCCUAGCAGUGAAGUUCCUUAUGUCCUAUGUGAUCGCUGACAAACCCCAAGAUAUUCAAAUAAAAUUGGCAAGGCUAGAAUUUGAAUCUUUGGAAGCACUGAAACAACAGCCAAUGUGAGGUCAUCUCUGGUCAAAACCUCCAGUGAAGAAACAUAGUCGUCAUAACUAUCGUCCAAAGAAGAAAGAAUUAUAUAAACCUGCUGUAGUUCGGAGAAAACAAGUUCCUUUUCGUGCAGCUCCUGGAAAAUUCUGGUCAUGGAUUCCAAAUGAGCCAUCAUAUCUCCUCCUUUAAGAAGAUGUUGUUUAAACAAUUUCCGUGUGAGAUUUAUAUGAGCACCCACAGUGUCACGAACAUAUAGUCUCUUUAACUUGGUCCAACACCUAGCAGCAGACUCUUCGCCAUGAAUAUGGACAAGUUGCUGGUCACUCAGUGUCAGUCCAAUUAUACAAAGAGCUCGUUUGUUGUGUCUGGCAAAUUUGGCUAAUUUCUUCGCAUCUUCAUUGUCAUCAGGAUUCCAUGUUGUUACAUCCGGUGGAUUAUUUAUUACAUCCCAAAGUCCUCUACGCAGAAGUAGAUUACAUUUUGUAGACCAGGAUACAUAGUUUGUUCCAUCCAGCCAGGUUAUCAUGGAAAUAUUCGAUAACUGUUCUUGUGCCAUCUUCACUUGAAUUAUAUUUCACAAACACAGUUUUCUGUAUUACUCACAUUAACUCUCAGUUUAGCUCUGAACAAUCCUAAUUAGUUCUGGUUGACUCUGGGCCCAUAACCAAUGUUAAGGAUAUUGUUGUGUUACCAACCAGCAGAGCAAGUGCACAGAGAAACGGUACUGAGAGCAAUGAAUACAAUACAUACAAACUGGUUUAACAAAGCUUUUACUUUGUAGUGAAAAACAAUUGCAUAGUCUUUUAGUCAAUCCAAGUCUUUAGCCAUUCAAAUCAGUCCGAAGUUACAGAUAUCUUCUUACCAUACAAACAGCAGUAGGUAAUAAACAGCAAUUCAACGCUGAUAACAAAUCAUGAUGGUAGCAGAUCCAUCCACUUCUUCACACACGACGGUAACAGUUCCAACCAACAAGUCAAGCAAUAAGUCAAGUAACAAUGACUAUAGCUUGGCUCUCUCCUUAUAUACAGUUUACACUAGUAAUUAUCCACUUAAAAUAAGUGAAGUCAGCAGUGCAAUGACUCAACAGUACAAUUGAGAUAAUUGUCAGCAGUCAGUCAGCAGUCAAUUACAAUGACUCAUCAGUAUAAUUACUCAGCAUUACAUCUUAAAGUUACAGAAUACAUUUAAAGUGAUAGAACACAUAUAUUGCCUGGACAACUUGUUAGGCUUAUACCAUAUCCUAACAAAGCCUCCUACAACUGACCCCAUCUCAGACACACCAACAACAGCCAAACCUCCUACAACUGACCCCAUCCCAUUGGGUUCACAACCCUGAGUGAUCACAGAAAAGGAAGUGAUCUUUGUCUGUGACCUAUUUCAUAGACAAAAGCCAGGAAAAGCUCCAGGCCCAGACAAGAUAACUCCUUCUUGCUUAAAAGUCUGUGCUGACCAAUUGGCCCCAUCUUCACCCAUAUCUUCAAUAAAUUGCUAGAGAUGUGCUAUGUUCCUUCUUGCUUCAAAUGCUCUACUAUCAUCCCAGUGCCAAAGAAGCCCACCAUCAAGGAACUGAAUGACUACAGACCAGUUGCUCUAACAUCUGUAGUCAUGAAAACCUUUGAAAGGCUAGUGCUGACCCACCUGAAAACCAUCACGGAUCUGCUAUUAGACCCCUUGCAAUUUGCAUAUCGAGCAAAUAGAUCAACAGAUGAUGCUAGAAUAGAAUAAAACUUUAUUACGGUCAUCGACCAGCAAUAGACAAACAAUAAAUUAAAAAUAAUUCUAACAUUAUUCAUGAAUAAUAACAUCUCUGUAAUAAAAUACAUGAUCUCAAACCUAAUUUACAUGCGUGUAAGUAUGUGGGUAAAUGUAUUGUUAUAGAUCUGAAAAAAUUGGCACCAUUUGAUAUUAUAAUUCGGUAACCAAUUUUUUUCUUGUGGACAUUGCAGCGACACAGAAUUUUGCCACUGCACACGUGGUAGCUGGAUUAGAGUCUUGGAGGAGAAAGCCUACAUAAAAGUCAUCUGUCCUCCCUGGCAAUCUCUCUAGUAAGGGGAGAAUGUAUAUUGACCUACAUACUCUGUAUUACUCACAAUACAAUAAAACAUGUGAGACAUC